AUGAUCAGGCUAUAUGAAGGAAUGUCAUUCAUUCCAAAGAGCAUUCCAAGGUGUACCUUGGUUGAGAUAGUACAUAAAAAUACAUUCUCAAUGCUUCCAGGUGAUAUGUACCACAUCCCAGUACGGCUUGAUCACCAGCAGAUCUUUACUAACAUCAUCAUCCAUACAGGCACGCCAAGCAUCAUGACUGUGAACUACAUCGAAACGUACUGCGAGAAUGAUCGCAUGGGCGUGCUAUCGUACAGAGAGUUCGAAGAUGUUGAUGCUACAAAGCAGAGAGUUCUUGAAUCGCACAUAUACGAGAUACAUCCUCCAUUCAGCAUUAAGGAAUACUUUGAUGGUGUGUUUGUUUUCAUCAAGCUAGAGUGCCUGGACGACAGAAACACACUUCCAGGCUACAGUGUAUUCGAUGGGAUGCAUCAAAGACUGCAAGGCUACGCAUCUGUGUACAAAGCAUAUGCUGAUGCAUCAAGAAGUAUGUUCUCAAUAGUUGCAAAGCAAUUCAUGUACAGAUUCAUGCCAAGAUCUAUGCAUGGCUAUUCAUUUAGGUUCAGGAUAUGGAAAGACGCCGACACAGUCUAUUUCAUCGCACAACCUGCUACUGAUGAAGAGCUGGAGAUAGAAUGCAUGCAUCAGCUUAAGCCAUCCAGAGAAAAAAUGCAUAUAUCUGCUACAGACUUCAACCUGAACGGAGGGUUUGUACGCGUGAAUGCAUGCAGAAUCGGAGUUUGUCAAGAAUUGGAUGGAACAAGGCACAACUAUUGA